CAGGCGAGUUGUGAACUAGCAUGCGGCAAUGCUAGAAUAAUAUUAGGAAUGAUGUGUUAUUUCCUUCAUUCACAAAAGUAAUCCGUUUGACCGUGAGUUCAUUUUUAAUACAUGGACUUGAAUUGUCUGGAGAUAACGUGCAUUAUUUGGUCGCCUAGCUGUUUGUAUGACGUCGCCGCUCACCUGUGAGUGGGUGUUGGGUUUUUACCUGUAGCCGCAGGUAUCACACACACAGAACGGGAACACGACCGGUCAAUUAGCCGUAUUCCAAAUUUAAUUCGCUCGGGAUUGAAUUUAAACUAAUGGUGUCAGACUGACUCUAAAUCUCACGAAAACGACACCGUUCAGGUGCGCUUCGCUUCUCCCGAGGAGGACAGCCUACACAGAUUUUCAGCCAAAACAAGUCACCUAACACUACAAAAGGUAGGAUAAGGUUGACUUCCGGAAUUACAAAAAGAAGAAAAAAAACGACAGAACAGAAAGUAAGAAUUGGGAGGACCGUGUCCUACCUAUGCGGUCUCUGACUUUUUGAGCCAUGCCUGGGAACAGUGCAGGGACGCCUCAAAAAGCGAGCAGCAGAGCCCAGAGGAACACCCUAAUGAGCGAUGUGCAAGCGAAGGGAUUGGGCGUCUCCAGCGACAGUGACUUAAGCCUUGAGGUCCUCGGGGAUUUGACCCCAGAACUGCCCAAGUUGUCCAAGGCGCAUAAAUCGAGAAAAGCACAGCAUCGGGAUUCCAACGGGAAAGAAACGGAGACUAUCGGUUUCAUCCCCGGCACUGCAGAUAUUCCACCAAGUGCCACCACCUGUGGGUCGUGCGCUGCUGAAACUUGGGAGCGAUGCAAAGACCUGAUCUGCUGCAUGGUCACCUGCAGCCAGUACAAGGCAGGCUCUAGCUUUUACAUCCCCUGCAUGUCCCGCUCGGAGUCCUCCACAGACGACGUCAAGACCUCUGAGCCCAAGCGACAGAACGGCGUCUCGAUCUCGAAUCCCACCUGCGGGAUCCCCAUGGAGACGAAUCCGAAGAAGCCCCUUAACCACAGCUUCAACUACGCCGACGUCAAGUUUAAAGGGGUCCCGGUCUACGUCGAUGGCUCAGUCAGCCAGAAACAGAGCGUCCCGUCCUCAAGACCUUCGCUGAGAUCGAGGAGACGCAGCGUGGAGAAGCUUCCGGGGGGCGACCCCAGCAACCGGGGCUCGGACGAGUACUACUCCAUCGAAUGCUCGGAGGAGGAUCUAGACGAACUCAACAGGUCCGGUGCUGACAUAGACUCUCUCAUCACCCAGAAGCUGCUGGAGCUUUACAGCUUGCACCAGAUCGACCAGCUGGCCAAGUGCACCUCGGACUCUGCCUUCUUCAAGAGGACCAGCGAGAUCACGGAGCUCAUCAACGACAUCACCAGCAUCUACAACCUGGACGAGGAGGAUGCGGAGUGCCGGCUGGUCCACGGGGUCAUUCGCAUCAGCACCAGGAAGCCCAAGAGACCGGACCCUCACAAAUCCGAUUCCGCAUACCACUCGGUGAGGGGGACGGAGAGCAAAAGCGACGAGCGCAGGAGACGGGACGGCAACCACCUGCCGGACAGCGGAAACGAUACCAUGAUAGAGUCCUCCGUGAUCAGCCAGGACAAUCUUGAGGUUAAAAUUUCAGAGGAGACAAGUUCGGACAAAAUUGCACGGAAUAUGAGGUUCCAAAGCACACAAGUUUCAGGGUCUCCAACAGCGAACUACAGCUCUCUCCCAGAAACUGAAACCAACUCCUCUGGGGCUCCGUUGCUCAAAACCCUCCUGCGGACAUCCGUGUCCUGAGGGCUGUCCUGUACCUGGACUGUAGUCCAGCAGUUAUCAAAGAGCCCGUCUGCCAGACUCUGCAGACUGAGAGACCGCAGCAUUUAUCUUGCUGUGAACCUACUCGGUCUCCGCAUGGCUGUCUCAACUCUGGAAUGUAUGGGGGUGUUAUUUUCCCCCAUAUCUUAUUGGAGAUGUAAUUCUACUUUUUAAAGCUUGCUGUUUUUGUUAAACAUGUCCCAAAAUUUACUUGUUGUAACAGCAAAUUGCCAGCAACAGUACUGCAGAUUAUAAAAUAGAUUAGUGUGCGACAGGAUCUCCCCUGGAAUGAUCUCCACAAGCAACGAGCGAUGUGUGUGGCACUCCUGUCCAUCUGAGAACCGGCCUGUGGCCAUUUCUUGGAUUUUUGGAUCUACAAUGUCUUGCUCCUCUGCCUUCAGUUUUUUUGGAAGUGUUUUGAACAUAUCCUCUUAGUAGAAGAGUGAAAAUGUAUUUUGGGGAAUAGUUGUAGCUUUUUGUUUCUCAGAAAAAUAUAGCUUAAAACAGCAGGAUUGUGAAAUGUAAUAAAUGAUAUAGUGCACUAUGUGUUUGUAGCCGUAUUGUGUAGAAAUGUUGAUUUGUUCCUCUGCGAUAUGAGUUGUAAAUGUGGCAGGACAGUACAAGGCUUAGUCGCCGAGUUGUGUUUUUUUUUUCCCAGUUUGUAGCUGUACUUGAUCACUGGGUAUGUUCUCUGCAGUCUGCAGGGCAGUGAUCGCCUUGAUGAGGAACUAUCUACAGUCCCUGUAGCAUGCUGCCUUUCUGUGCCUAACUGUAUAAAAUAGCUGUAUAUAAAUAAGAGGCAAUUUGUAUACAUUUUGGAGAACAUGUUUUGAAUUAAACAUAGUUUUUGUAUUGUGUUAAGAAAGGGUAAACAAUUAAAAUUAAAAUGUGUGUGUGUU